GGCGGGGUCUCGGCAACCUUCCAGUCUCGAGUGCCGUCGAGUGCAGAAAGAGAUCUUGCUCGGGAAUCGGCCCAUAUGGUUUUUGACUCGUUGCCAACUCACGUUCGGCGCCGAAUUUGAGACCGUCACGCAGUCGGCGAGCGUCCUCGUCAUCGCCAGACCCCCGUCGGCCGUCGUUCGACCGGAGACCGUCGGCCACAGCUCGCAGCACGCGUCCCACCAAAGCGAGAGCGUGAAGCCUGGUGAUGACCUAGCUAUCUGCAUAGGAAUGAUUUCCAACCACAAUUAAGUGCAGCGCCUAAUCAAGCAGAAGAAAUGGAGUCGGGUCUCAGAAUGGGAGACUCGAACGCGGCCAGUUUCCUGCACGUCGGGGACAUCGUGUCCCUGUACGCCGAGGGCAGCGCCUCUGGUUUCCUCAGCACCUUGGGCCUCGUCGACGACCGAUGCGUCGUUUGCCCUGACGCCGGAGACCUGGCGUGCCCUCCGAAAAAGUUUCGAGACUGCCUUUUUAAGAUCUGCCCGAUGAAUCGGUACUCGGCCCAGAAGCAAUUUUGGAAAGCGGCAAAGCAGAGUGCCAGUUCAUCAUCGACUGAUGCAGUUUUGCUCAAACGUUUGCACCACGCGGCGGAUAUUGAAAAGAAGCAGAACGAAUCUGAAAAUAAAAAGAUACUAGGAACCGUUGUCCAGUACGGGAGCGUCAUCCAACUGCUGCAUUUGAAGUCAAACAAGUAUCUGACCGUCAACAAACGCCUGCCCGCCUUGCUGGAGCGAAACGCGAUGAGAGUUUACCUGGACGCAAACGGAAAUGAGGGCUCUUGGCUUUACAUCAUGCCGUUCUACAAAUUGCGGACCACGGGGGACAAUGUUGUGGUCGGGGACAAGGUGAUCCUCAACCCUGUCAACGCAGGCCAACAAGUGCUCCACGUCGCAGCAAACUAUGAGCUGCCAGAUAAUUUAGGCUGCAAAGAAGUCAACGUCGUCAAUUCAAACACUUCCUGGAAAGUGACGCUCUUCAUGGAGCACAGAGAAAAUCUGGAGGAGAUUUUAAAAGGUGGAGAUGUCGUGCGUCUCUUUCACGCUGAACAGGAAAAGUUCCUGACGGUGGACGAGUACAAAAAGGCGCAGCACGUUUUCUUGAGGACAACUGGCCGUACUUCGGCUACGGCGGCCACCAGCAGCAAAGCUUUGUGGGAAGUCGAGGUUGUGCAACAUGAUCCAUGCAGAGGUGGGGCUGGACAUUGGAACUCUUUGUUCAGAUUCAAGCACCUGGCCACCGGCAGGUACUUGGCAGCCGAGGUGGAUGACGAUGAUAUUUUGGACCAAAUGAGGAGCAAACUGAAGGGAGAAGUUGGAGUGAAAGCAGACGGUUCAGUGUAUCACCUAGUGGCAGUGCCGAACUCCAACGAGAUUGCCUCCCUCUUUGAAUUGGACCACACCACCCUAACCCGUGGGGACUCUUUAGUGCCACAAUCAUCCUAUGUCCGUCUUCAUCACCUUUGCACAGACUCCUGGGUACACAGCACUUCCAUUCCCAUUGACAAGGAAGAGGAGAAACCAGUCAUGUCAAAAAUUGGCUGUGCUCAAAUAAAGGAGGAUAAAGAGGCCUUUGCCCUGAUUUCUGUUCCACCCAUGGAGGUGAGAGAUUUGGACUUUGCCAAUGACGCUUGCAAAGUUCUGGCCACGAUUUCGUCUCGGCUCGAGAAGGGCAACAUUUCACACAACGAGAGAAGGGCGGUGACCAGUCUGUUGCAAGACGUGGUCUACUUUAUUGCCAAUCAAGAGAAUGAGCAGAACAAGGCGGAGGCCCUGGACCUGGUUGUGAGCAACCCAAACAGAGACAGGCAGAAACUGCUGAGAGAGCAAUACAUUUUGAAGCAGCUCUUCAAAAUACUGCAGGCGCCCUUUCUCGAGAGCACCGAUGGCGAGGGUCCCUUUCUGAAGAUUGAGGAACUGAACGACCCUCGACAUGCUGCUUACAAAAACAUCUUCAGACUCUGCUACCGUAUUUUGAGGCUCAGCCAGCAGGACUACAGAAAAAAUCAAGAAUACAUAGCAAAGCACUUUGGCUUCAUGCAAAAGCAAAUUGGCUACGACAUUCUGGCCGAGGACACCAUCACUGCCCUUCUGCACAAUAAUAGGAAGCUGCUGGAGAAACACAUUACUGCUGCUGAAAUUGAGACCUUUGUCGGUCUUGUGAGGAAAAACAUGACCAACUGGCAGUCCCGCUUCCUCGAUUACCUCUCCGACUUGUGCAUUUCCAACAAAAAAGCCAUUGCUGUCACCCAGGAGCUAAUCUGCAAAAGCGUUCUCAGCUCCAAAAACUCCGACAUACUCAUUGAAACAAAAAUGGAACCUGUGGUUAAAGCAAUCGAGUUGCCCGACGGUUCAAUUCAAGAAAACAAAGUUAGGGAAGUGUCUCUCAUGUGGAGCAAUCAGAAAUACUCUAUGCAGUUGACUGAACUUUCAAAGAAGGACAGACCCACAAUCAAAGGUGUCGAUUGUGCAGCAGUCCUGGACUACUACCGUCACCAGCUGGACCUCUUUUCCAACAUGUGCCUAAAUAGACAGUACCUUGCCCUGAAUAAUCUCUCACCACAUCUCGACAUUGAUCUGAUUUUAAAAUGCAUGGCUGACGAAAAUGUGUUCUACGAACUGAGAGCCUCGUUUUGUCGGCUCAUGCUGCACCUCCAUGUGGACAGAGACCCUCAAGAGCAAGUGACGCCAGUCAAGUAUGCGCGUCUCUGGUCUGAGAUUCCAUCAAAGAUGUCCAUAAUUGACUAUGAUAGCAAUAAAACGCCUGACCAGCACAAGGAGGCGGUGAGGGCAAGGUUCAGCUCCACCAUUAUGUUUGUUGAGGAUUACUUGUGCAAUGUUGUGGCCAAAAUGUGGAGUUUUGCCGACCAAGACCAAAAUAAACUAACGUUUGAGGUGGUAAAAUUGGCAAGAGACCUCAUCUACUUUGGAUUCUACAGCUUCAGCGAUCUGUUGAGGUUGACAAAAACACUUCUCAGCAUCCUCGACUGCGUUUCGGAGAACGAGUUUGUCAACGGCAAGAUUCCGAUCGGCGAGAUUGAUUCUGAGCAAACAGAAGAGGACUCUGAAGCCGAAGGGGGUGUUUUGCGUUCUAUCGGGGACAUGGGGGCCGUCAUGACGAGCUUGACUCUUGGGGCGGCAGGACUUGGUAGAUCUGUUAUACCCGUAGCUGUCCAGAAGACGCCCUCCCAGCUGAAGAAGGAGUACCCGCUCAUCAUGGACACCAAGCUCAAGAUCAUCGAAAUACUCCAGUUCAUAUUGGAUGUGAGGUUGGACUACAGGAUCAGCUGUCUGCUCUCCAUCUUCAGAAGGGAGUUUGAUGAGAAUGAGAAUAAGGGCAUGGGCCAGAAGGGAAUUGAUUUGGACAGUAUUGGCUCACAAGCUGAAGGAAUUUUCGGGUCAAGUGAGGAAUGUGCGGCGCUCGAUUUGGACGGCCAGGGUGGCCGCACCUUUCUGAGGGUGCUGCUGCACUUGACCAUGCAUGACUACCCUCCACUAGUGAGUGGUGCCCUUCACUUGCUGUUCCGACACUUCAGCCAGAGACAAGAGGUUCUGCAAGCGUUCAAACAAGUCCAGCUUCUGGUGUCGGACAGCGACGUCGAGUCCUACAAACAAAUCAAGGCGGAUCUUGAUGUUCUCCGUCAGUCCGUUGAGAAGUCUGAGCUCUGGGUCUACAAAGCAAGGAGUGCUGACGAGCACGGAAAAAAGAAGAACGGGAAAGAUGAUGAUGGAGACGAAACCAGGGAGGAAGUCAAAGAACCGGUUAAAAAGACACCUACCAUGCUAACUGCCUAUGACAAGCAGGGGUCAGCCAUUGACCUUGACAUUGGUCCCUUGCUGCACCAAGAUCAGACUGAGGAAUACAAGAAAAUGCAACAAAUUUUGAGAAGGAUGAAUAAACUUUGCACGCAAGUUGGGCCUGGAGAUGCUAUUAAGCCAAGGAAACAUGAGCAGAGACUGUUAAGGAACGUCGGUGUUCACACAGUUGUGCUCGAUCUCUUGCAAAUCCCCUACGACAAGAAGGAGGACGUUCGGAUGAAUGAACUGAUGCGUCUUGCCCACGAAUUUCUGCAGAACUUUUGCCUAGGGAACCAACAGAACCAAUCGCUGCUCCACAAGCAACUGGAUCUUUUCUUAAAUCCAGGAAUUUUAGAGGCGGAGACCGUGUGCAGCAUAUUCCAGGACAACUCGUCCCUGUGCAAUGAAGUCAACGAAAAAGUCAUCCAGCAUUUUGUGCACUGCAUUGAAACACAUGGAAAACAUGUGCAGUAUUUGAAAUUCUUGCAAACCAUUGUCAAAGCGGAGAACCAAUUUAUAAGAAAGUGCCAGGAUAUGGUCAUGCAAGAGUUGGUGAAUGCUGGAGAGGAUGUUCUGAUUUUCUACAACGACAAGUCCUCAUUUAAUCAGUUCAUUGAUAUGAUGCGCUCCGAGCGGCACCGAAUGGACGAAAGCAGCGCUUUGAAGUAUCAUGUGGAGCUGGUUAAACUUUUAGCCUGUUGCACAAUGGGAAAAAAUGUGUACACUGAGAUUAAAUGCCACAGUUUGCUGCCUUUGGAUGAUAUUGUCACCAUGGUGUGCCAUCAAGACUGCAUUCCCGAAGUUAAAGAUUCAUACAUCAACUUUUUGAACCACUGCUACAUCGACACAGAGGUUGAAAUGAAAGAGAUCUAUACCUCGAACCACAUGUGGAGUUUGUUCGAACGUAGUUUCCUUGUGGACAUGGGCCAGGUCGCCGAGCUGGACGAUUCUGAGUUGGACACGGCGUUGAAGAAUUACGUGGCCAACAGUGUCAUGAACAUCAUUAGUACCUUCUUCAAUAGUCCUUUCUCAGACCAGAGUACCACAGUGCAGAAACAACUGCGCGAGGCCGCUAUGUUUUGGAGCCAGCACGCAUACAAAGCGCACAGUAAAACCAGACAGCCCAUUUUUGUUCAACUGCUGCAGUCAGCAAUCAACGUUUCUCAGAGCAGUUGGCUCUCGCUAGCGCAAAGAUUCAACGUUGAGAACUGCAUCAAAACCCUUUCCGAUGUUGCAAAAACUCGUGCAAUCGCCAUCCCGACGGAGCUGGAGAAUAAAGUGCACAUCAUGUUCAGCAAGAAAACCAUGUCCAGGCACACAGCCCGGUGGAAAAACGUGUCAAAAAAUCCGAGCAAGAUCGAACGAUCGCAGUCGCAGGUAUCUAAUGAGUGCCACUCAUUGCAAAGCAUUAACGAAAACGACGAAGUCUUAAUUUCUUCUCCUGAUGCAUGCACUAACACUUUAAUGCGCCUAGACAGAAGCAUAAUUGAAGGACUCCACGACAUAGUCUCUUUGUUGGAAGACAAAUUAGAACCUCUGGUUCAGUCUGAGUUGUCGCUGCUAGUCGACAUCCUCUACAGACCUGAACUGCUCUUCCCCCCAAACACUGAGGCUCGAAAACGCUGUGAGAAUGGCGGAUUCAUUAGACGACUGAUCAAACACACGGAAAAAUUGCUCGAGGAAAAGGAGGAGAAACUGUGCGUCAAGGUUUUGCGAACUUUGCGUGAAAUGAUGGCCAUCGACAACGAGUACAAAGAAAAGGUGCUGGUUUGUUCCGAAUGCUUUCCCCAGGCCGAAAUUCUUACAGUCGAAGAAUUGGAAGACAAAAUCAGGGGAGAUGUGUUGCGAAAUCAUCUGCUGAUGCGAUAUUUUGGGAGGAACUUCAUUCAGAAAAAGGAGAAUGUAGAUAUAAGUGUGCGAGGGCCUAUGCCUGUGAUCACACACGGGCCAGGAGCAAAAAUAUUGAGUCGAGCUGGUCGAACUUUACACGAGGUUCAGAGCCACUUGGACAAAGAGGGCGCCUCGGACCUUGUGGUCGAGUUGGUCAUCAAGUCGGUGCAUUCGCCGUCAAUUUUUGUUGAGGCGGUCGAACUGGGCAUCGCCAUGUUGGAGGGAGGAAAUUCCAUUAUUCAGAAGAGCAUGUACAAUAAGCUGAGGGCAGGAGACCUCAGCCAAUCCUUUUUCAAGGUGUUUUAUGACAAAAUGAGAGACGCCCAACAAGAGAUAAAGUCCACCGUGACUGUGAACACCUCAGACAUUGCAGCCAAAGCCCACGAAGACAAGGAAAGCAAAGAACUGGACAAGAUUGCGAGGAAAAAGAGCAGAGCCAAUGGCAUUGUUUUGACGGAGGAGAUUCGGGAGGAAUUGAAUCAAGUGGCGCUGGAGGGACCAAGCGCUCUGGCCAGGGUCAGGGCUUCAAUAGAUCUGCAAGCUGAUGAGACUGGUGCUUUGCUCCUCUCCGGAUCUGCCAUCGAGGACAUGAUUGCGGAGAAACAGGAGCGGCAUCGAGAGCAGGAGGAACAACCUAACCUUUCGACCAAGGUGCUUGUGAUGCAACCAAUUCUGCGCUUCCUGCAGCUCCUCUGCGAAAAUCACAACCGCGACCUACAGAACCUGCUGCGCACCCAGACCAACAAAACCAACUACAAUCUGGUCUCGGAGACUUUGAUGUUCCUCGACUGCAUCUGCGGCUCCACCACAGGCGGCCUGGGUCUGCUCGGCCUCUACAUCAACGAAUUAAAUGUGGCUCUCAUCAACCAAACGCUGGAAACACUAACUGAAUAUUGCCAGGGUCCAUGUCAUGACAAUCAAAACUGCAUUGCAACACACGAAUCGAACGGACUGGACAUCAUCACUGCCCUCAUUCUAAAUGACAUCAACCCGCUUGGGAAGAAAAAUAUUGAACUGGUGCUUGAGCUGAAAAACAACGCUUCUAAACUGCUGCUGGCUAUCAUGGAGAGCAGGGGAGACAGCGAAAAUGCUGAGAGGAUUCUUUACAACAUGAACCCCAAGCAAUUGGUUGAUGUUGCUUGCCGAGCAUUCCACCAAGAAACCAGUGUUGAGGUUUCCACCAUCGAGGACGACCUCUCCGACACCGAAGGAGGUGUUUCUCCGAGAGAGGUUGGUCACAACAUUUACAUCCUGUGUCACCAACUUGCUCAACACAACAAAGAGUUGGCGGCGAUGCUGAAACCUUCCGAGAUAAACAGUGAUCCCAAAAUCAACCUGGCAUUGACUUACUACGCUUCCCACACAGCACAGAUUGAAAUUGUGAGAUCUGACCGCACACUGGAGCAAAUUGUGUUCCCCAUCCCUGAGACCUGCGAGUAUCUCACUUCGGACACCAAGUCCAGAAUUUUCAACACUGCCGAGUUGGACGAUCAGGGCUCAAAGGUUUCAGACUUUUUCGAGAAGACAGAGGACAUGUUUGAUGAGAUGAAGUGGCAGAAAAAGUUGAGGGGCCAACCUUUGUUGUUUUGGGUGAGCAGUUACAUGUCUCUGUGGAGCGCCAUGCUUUUCAACUGCGCCGUUUUCAUCAACGUCAUUGUGGCCUUCUUCUACCCCUUUGACGAGAACGUUCCAAUUUUCUUGCAACCCGUAGUCGUGAGCACCCACUGGUCUGCCCUGACGUGGGCUGUGAUGAUGGUGUCGGCUGCAAUAGUGAUCACUGUUCCUCGCCAAGCCAGCGUCAAAACGCUCGUCGCUUUCACAAUCGUUCGGAUGAUUUUGUCUAUAGGUCCCGAACCAACCCUUCUUCUCCUAGGCACCAUCACCGUGUUUCUCAAAGGAAUCCAUUUAGUCAGCAUAAUGGGCAAUCAAGGCACCUUUACAAAAAACUUUAGGCAAAUCGCCACUGAUUUUGAGUUGAUUUACCACCUGAUUUACCUGACUUUUUGUGUGCUGGCGCUUUUCAUGCAUCCGUUCUUUUACUCUGUUUUGCUAUUCGACGUUGUUUAUCGAGAGGAGACUUUGCUGAAUGUGAUCAGGUCGGUGACCAGAAACGGCAGGUCCAUCAUUUUAACAGCCGUGCUCGCCCUUAUUUUGGUCUACAUGUUUUCCAUUAUUGGAUUUAUGUUCUUCCGAGACGACUUCCUGGUCACGGUUGACGGAGAAGUUGAAUCAAAUGGUUUUGCGGAUGCUGUGAGCGAGGAGCUGUCUUGCUCUGCAGAUGAAAAGAACUGCACAGCCGAGCCAAUUGUCAAUCAUUACUCUAAAGAAGCCAAUCAAGUGGUGGCGACGGUUGAAGAUUCAGGAGAGUUUAAAGAGCGUGCCUGUGAUUCUCUCGUCAUGUGCAUCCUGACCACCCUGAAUCAGGGUUUGCGGAACGGAGGCGGCAUUGGUGACAUUUUGAGAGCACCAAGCAGCAAAGAAACACUUUUUGUAGCAAGAGUGGUGUACGACCUGCUGUUCUUCUUCAUAGUGAUCAUUAUUGUCCUGAACCUAAUUUUUGGUGUCAUCAUCGACACCUUCGCCGACCUCAGGAGUGAGAAACAGCAAAAGGAGCUGAUUCUUAAAAAUACCUGCUUUGUUUGCGGGCUCAAUCGAUCUGCUUUUGACAACAAGACUGUCAGCUUUGAGGAGCACACCAAGAGUGAACACAACAUGUGGCACUACUUGUACUUCAUUGUGUUGGUAAAAGUUAAGGACCCCACCGAGUUCACUGGUCCUGAGAGUUACGUCUACGCCAUGGUCAAGGCGCGAGAUUUGGACUGGUUCCCGAGGAUGCGGGCCAUGUCUUUGGCGGCAGACGAGGGCGAGGGGGAGCAGAUGGAGUUGCGGACUUUGCAGGAGCAACUCGUCCUGACCCAGAGCCUGGUCAUCAACCUUUCGCAGCAGCUGACAGAACUCAAAGAUCAGAUGACCGAGCAGCGCAAACAGAAGCAGAGGAUCGGCCUACUCAACCCUGGCGCCUUCAUCCAUAGUCAGUCCUACCAGUAACAGGGGCAGUACAAAGCCAGCACAAUUACACUGUUCGAAUUACCUGCGUACUUAGUGUUCAAAAGAACGACGUGUUACAAAUUUCUGCAAUUCUUUUGUCUAUAGUGUUGAUUUUUUUUCUUUUUGAAAAUCUAUUACGUUAAUACUUUAGCAAGAAGUGUGCGUGUUUAUGUUGAAAUGUUUUUAUGAUAUAUAUUAUAUUUUUUGUUUUACUCACAAGUAAUCGGCUGAUUAAGAGCGACUAGUCACAGAGAAUUAAUCAAUCACUCCUCGGCUCGAAAAUAUACUGCAGUUUUAUUUUGUGGCUCACGUUUGAUGCAGUAGAAAAACCACGGAUUACGUUGAUAAUGAGUUAAAAUAAUUUUGUCUUGUAAGCAGAAAGAAAUUGAAUUAUGUAUUCAACCCGUGCUUGUUGAUAAAAAAAAUGAAUACUUCCACUCCACUUGAAAAGCAAUAAAGGUCAUAAUCAAUCUCUCUAAAU